UUUUUUUUCCAAUCCCCAUCCCACUUCAACGAACACUGGCUGACCUGAGGACCUAACUCAUCAGAAGGAGCCUCAAAAUAAAAGUAAAUAAAACCGAAAAUGGCAGAAUUCCUGCGAACCAACGAAACCAUCGCGGACCUAAACCACCGUUGCACGAACCUCUCGUUCUUCGACUGUUCUGAAGAUGAGAUGCUGUGGAUCAUGAUGGGGCCCCGGCGAUUGCCUCUGCAGAAGAUCAUACCGAUAUCGGUGCUGUUGCUGGUGAUCUUCGCGACUGGCGUGGUGGGGAACGUGGCGGUGUGCGUGGUCAUCAUUCGACAUCCUGCGAUGCAUACGGCGACUAACUAUUAUCUGUUCAGUUUGGCUUUGAGCGAUCUAUUACUCCUUUUGUUUGGUCUGCCAAACGACCUCUCAGUGUCCUGGCACCAGUAUCCCUACAGCCUGGGGCUGGUCUUCUGCAAGCUGCGAGCUCUCAUAUCUGAAGCGUCGUCAUACGUAUCCGUGCUGACCAUCGUGGCGUUCUCCCUGGAGCGGUAUCUGGCGAUUUGCCAUCCCCUGCACUUGUACGCGAUGGCGGGACUGCGGCGGGCGCUGCGCAUCGUGGCCGCUUUGUGGCUGGUCUCCCUACUCGCCGCAUCGCCCUUCGCUCUCUACACCACCGUCAGCUACCAUGAUUAUCCACCAGGGUCUGGAAACGCGUCCCUGGAGUCUGCGUUUUGCGCGAUGCUGGAGCUGCCUUCGUGGUAUCUCUGCGAGCUCAGCAGCCUGCUGUUCUUCAUCCUUCCCGCCAUCGUCAUGAUGUGCCUCUACAUCAGGAUGGGCUUAAGGAUUAAAUAUGUUAUGGGGUCUACUCAUGCCAGCAAGCCCGGAAGCCCAGGUACCUUGAACGGGGUGAACGGCAGCGUCCAUGGCGAGGCUCGUCAGGCGCAGUCCAAGAAAGCCAUCAUCAGAAUGCUGGCCGCUGUGGUGGUAGCGUUCUUCGUGUGCUGGGCCCCCUUCCACUUCCAGAGGCUGUUCUACAUCUACGGCACCUCGAACUCGCACUACACCACCAUCAACGAGUAUCUGUUCUACGUGGCUGGCGCUCUUUACUACGUCUCGGCUACUGUCAACCCCAUUCUGUACAACGUCAUGAGUCACCGGUACAGGCUAGCAUUUCGCGAAACGCUGUGCUGCAAAAAAGUGCGCAAGCAGAGUAAGUAUCACAGAGAGCACUCCAGUUUCCGGGAGACCACAGUCAACCACACCUCCGAUGGCACCAACAUCGUGAGGGUCAGGUCUUCCAGGAAGCCAUACCGGAUCGACCGAAGACGCGGCAGCUACGGCACUGAAACCACGAGCCUUUGUGUAGAAUGGAAAAAGGACGUUUGCCAAACUAAAAAAUUGGCGAACCACAGAGAUGGCGCCACUGUUCCGCUCUGCAAUAAUAACGAGAGACUCUUUAUUGGCGAAUUCAAAAUGGCCUCCGAUGGUAACGACGUCACUUGAAUUUGGCGCGCAAUUGUUUUAACAGUUUUAUAAAUCGCUUUGUAAAUUUGGAUAUGUUUUGUACCUGUUUUUCAAAUCUAGUCAAUGUGUGAUGGACUUUGGACGUUAAGGGUGAGAUAAGACGAAUUUAGGUUUAGAAAUUAAUGUAACGAAAUACUACACGUUUUAAAAUAUAGUAUGGUUUCUUAUCAUAUUUUUUUCUUAACUUAGGAUAAAUCGAUAUCUGUCUUAAAGAUCUCAUCUCUAAGAAUCUUUUAUAAAAGUCUAGUCAAUAAUCGACAUUAAUAUCAUAAUACCGCAGAAUAAAAACUCCUUCAGUAUGUACCUAAUAUUGAAGUUGAAAAAGUGUUCUUUAUGGCACUAAGUUGCUUCGCAGCUAAUGUUAGUAUUUUCUCAGUAAAAGUAAUAAAAUAUCAGGAACAACAAAUUUGUAAUGAAUAAUAAAUCUGCAAAGGGUUAAGGUUUACCUUAGAAACAAACGAACGAUUUUUUUUUCAGCAUGGUUUACAUUAGCAAGAGUGCUUACAGAUUUGAUUACCGCAAGCGAUUGUUAUCGCGUAAAUAAUCACGGAAAUUCUACAAAUUUUGAAGUUUGCAGGGCUGGUGGCAAGUUGCAUUUGUAUAAUAUAAUUAUUGAAAUAUUGCCGCUAGUGCUACUCGCCUGGAAUUUCUUCCGCAAUAUUUCUGCGAGAACUAGCUAGUGUAAUUUUGCUUUAAUUCAUCGUUGGUGUCAAUUUGUUUGACUUAAAUACGUACUUUAUAUAGUAUAAGAUGCUCCCCCAUCAAAACGGCGCACUAAUCGUAUUUUUAAAAAUCUAUUAAAAAGAAUACUUCUACAGUGUUUUUUUGACUUCAUUUUUUUAAUGUUUUUGUAUUGUUAUAUUAAAUUCAUAAUGAAAUUGCCAUUAAAAUUUUGUAUUUCGUACAUUUCCUCCUAAAGUAUUUAUUUGCAAACAACACUACGACGUAGAUCGUAGAUCGUCAGUGUAAUAAGGAAUAUCUUGGUAGACAGCCUCCGUGGCAUAAUUGCAUUACGGUACGACUUAGUGCUGAGGUCUCGGGUUCGAUCCCCGGGUCGGGCAAAGCGUGUUGAAGUUUUUCUACUCAGAUUCAGCUCGGAAUCUAUAAUUUGUGCCCGGUAUGAUGACAGCCUCGCCCACUAACACAUCAUGGAACGAAAUACACUCGGAAAAGUGUACCAGUUACACUAUAUUUACCCCUUUGAGAAUAAAAGAAUAAAAUUAUUUUUUUCAAAAAUACCUACAUUUUUAAAAAUAAUUCGUAUAUCUUCGCAUAUUUCCGCUGUAAUUCGCGUGCCGAGUGUGGAUAAUUUGCUCAAAGCCGAUGCUUGGGGGAGACCUUAACUGACAACAUUAUGGACAGCAUCGCCAACGCUGGAAUGUAACGUCUUUCGCGACGUUAGGGAAUUAAAAUGGGAGUAUUUCUAACAUCGAUUUUCCCAUCGUAUUAUAUGUAUAUAUGCUUCCCAAUGUCUAUAAGUUCAUUCAGCAAUGAAUUCCUGUGUUCGUACGGGUGCUCUGUUGUUACCACUUGUCAUCAAGUGGUAUACGUGCUUGUCUCCCGAAUGCACGCCCAUGCAUGGGGGGACAUUAUGCCGCUACCCUAGGCAUAUAGUGUAAUGUGUAUACCUCUUGGUUGCCAAAUACACAUUGAGGCCUUAAAGGGAUCGCGAACACUUCCUGUCCAACUUCACUCCAUCCUAUAAGUUUCUUCUUCCGUCCCCUUUGCUUCCCCCCCUAUUUCUCCUCUUCCACUCUUACUCCAGGGCCCCCGCAGUCGCUAAGGCGGGGGGAACUGGUAUACCGUUCGCAGGUUUCCCUCGGUGUUGACUGCGGGGUUGGUACUAACAAAAAACCUGCUUGACUCUACAUUCUGCUAAGCGAUCGCAUCAUUUGUAAGAUAAUUCAUUCUUCAACAACGUGAAAUAAUUAGAAAUCAUCACAUUUCUAAACAUUUGCAAUUUCAUUGUAUAUUACAUGUCUUAUCAACGAUAUUUUGUAAACUGUGAUGCAUUUUUAAAUGUGUUUAAUAUAAAUAUACUUAAAUUAAUAUAUAUGUUUUUUUUUAACCUAACACAACUUUUAUAUUCGCCAAGUAUAUUAUAAAGCUAUGGCGCCGUGUGGAGAUAGUGCUGCUAAGCGCG